AUAAAAAUAAAAAUUAGACAAUAUAUUUUGUUAAGAUUUCUGCAAGUUAAGUUGUUUAGCUCAUUUACCUUCUUUCAUAGUUGAAACCCUACCCAACCCAACCCACACCUCAUCGGUUCCGCUUUGGUAGCUCACACCCUUCCCUACUCUCCAAAGCCCAAUUCUGAAACCAUUGCCAUCGCUCCUCGCUUGCCCUUGCGUUCUCCGGCCUUCCAUUAGGGUCCCAAGGACCCAGCCCCAACACCCUUCGGUUUCGGCCUUCGCUUGCGGAUUCCUCACUGCCGGCACACCCGACCAGCCGAGCUCCGGCGGCACCUCAAGAUAUUAUAUGGCUGGUACUGGUUCCAAAGAGGAGAUUAGAUGGAUAGAAAGUGUGAAGUCAGGUGGAGCUGUUCCAUUUCUUGAUCCAGAAAAAUGUACUAAUGGUUGGGCCACUCCACCUGGGGACAAGUUCAUGGUUAGAGGUCCAGAGUACUUUAAAACCAAGGUUAAAAUUCCUGCUGGCGAAUAUCUUCUAAAGCCUCUUGGAUUUGAUUGGAUCAAAAGUCCUUCAAAGAUUGGAGAUGUCUUAAACAAUCCAAACAGCCGUGUCAGAAGGAUCAUAGAAGAUGAGUUUUCAACAGGUGUCAAGCCUUUCAUUUGGGCUUUCAAUUUACAAGUCCCAAGCAAGGAUAAUUAUAGUGCGGUAGCUUACUUUGCAAGCACAGAUCCUAUUCCUGAAGGUUCUUUGAUGGACCAGUUCUUGAAAGGUGAUGAUGGAUUUAGGAAUUCUAGGCUAAAAUUAAUUGCCAACAUUGUCAAGGGCCCUUGGAUUGUUAGGAAAGCAGUUGGGGAGCAAGCUAUUUGCAUAAUUGGGCGUGCCCUCACCUGUAAGUAUUGUGUGACAGAUAAUUUUAUAGAAGUAGACUUGGAUAUUGGAUCUUCCAUGGUUGCAAGUGCAAUAGUUCAUCUGGCAUUUGGUUACAUAACAACAUUAACUGUUGACAUUGCAUUCCUCAUUGAGAGCCAAAUUGAAUCCGAGCUUCCAGAGCGACUGUUGGGUGCUGUAAGAUUCUCUGAGUUGAAUCCUGCUUCAGCUAGGUCACUUGAACCAUCCUCUGAUACAAUUAGUGGUACUAUGCCGUCAUCUCUGCCUACUCGACUAUGGAAGUCAAUUGGGCAGGGUUUUUCUCACAUUCUUCAUCAAGGUGUCCAAGAAAGUGGCUCUUCCUCUGGGUCAACUCACACUAAUGGGACUGUCACUCAUGAAGAUGCUAGUGAACACACUAAUAAAUGAAAUGACAAAGGAAUAUAAUGCAUACGUGUAUAAAAGGAGGCGUCUAUCGUGGCUCAAAGCCUCAAACUUCAUAAUUUGUUUGUUGAUGUUAAUUGCAGAGUGUCUGACUGCCUCUCUCAAAGAUAUCAUCUAUUUUGUGUGCUGUGCUGUCUGCUACUCUGCUUGUCUUGAACUACCACCACUUGGGUCAAAUUUAUGGCUAUACUUAGCAUUCAUACUAAUUGAUGUACAUUCCAUUUAUUGGCUUAAGAAUAUACUAUAUUAUAUAUGUCACCUUUCGAGUAAAUAUAACGAAGCACUAGAUACAGAACUUUGGAAUCAAUUCUUCUUCUUUUUUGAAAUGGAAUCAAUUCAAUUUAA